CACACAGUUCUGGCUGGUUAUGGAAAACUCUGGAAGUCUCGACGGGCUUAUAAAGAACGUGACCCGGGCUCGGCGGGCAGAGACACCCGACACAUCUGAUCUCCACCAGCAGGGUCCGCGGAGCGAUCCGUGUCGCAGUGACUAGAGCAGCGCGUCGGUCACGAUGGGCAAAGACUACUACGACAUUUUGGGAAUCGGCAAGGGAGCGUCGGAGGAGGACGUGAAGAAAGCGUACCGCAAACAAGCUCUGAAGUAUCACCCCGACAAGAACAAGUCCCCGGGAGCCGAGGACAAAUUCAAAGAAAUCGCCGAAGCCUACGACGUUCUGAGCGACCCGGACAAAAAGGACAUCUACGACCGCUACGGGGAAGAAGGUCUGAAAGGCGGAGGCCCGUCAGCUGGUGGUUGUGGUGGUGGUGGUGGUCCCGGGAACUUCAGUUACUCCUUCCAGGGCGACCCUCAUGCCAUAUUUGCAGAGUUCUUCGGUGGGCGUAACCCCUUUGAACAGUUCUUCGGCGCCCGCAAUGGGGGCCAGGAUGAAGGCAUGGACACUGACGACCCUUUUGCCCGCUUUGGGAUGGGUGGCAGUGGAAUGGGAGGCAGUGGAAUGGGAGGCGGUGGAAUGGGCGGCAGUGGAAUGGGCGGAUUCCCCCGCUCUUUCAGCUCGGGUAUGGGAGGAGUGGGUGGUCACAGUAGUGUUGUAAAGAAGCAGCAGGACCCCGCUGUGGUUCACGAUCUGCGGGUGACCUUGGAGGAGGUUCUGUCAGGUUGCACAAAGAAAAUGAAGAUCUCUCGUAAACGACUGAACCCCGACGGGCGAACAUUAAGGCCAGAAGAUAAAAUCCUGGAGGUGCAGAUAAAAAAGGGAUGGAAAGAAGGCACCAAAAUCACGUUCCCUAAAGAGGGGGAUGAGACUCCCAGAAACAUUCCAGCUGACGUGGUCUUUGUGUUGAAGGACAAACCCCAUCCUCUGUUCAAACGUGAUGGCUCUGACAUCGUUUACACAGCCAAGAUCUCACUCAGAGAUGCCUUGUGUGGCUGCACAGUCAAUGCACCCACACUGGACAACAGAACGGUCACCGUGUCAACCACAGAUGUUGUGCAGCCGGGGAUGAAGCGGCGGGUGAGUGGUGAAGGGCUGCCUUACCACAAACGGCCCGAUCGUCGUGGUGACCUGAUAGUGGAGUACGAGGUCAAGUUCCCAGAGAGGCUCAGUCAGAGCGCCCGGGACACCAUCGCUCAGGUCCUCCCACGAUCUUGAAGAAGACAAAAAAGACCUUCAGGACUCGUCACACAAAGAUGCCAACUAUUUUUAUAUUAUUGUUAUGAAUGAUUGAGGUUAAAUUGACACCAAAUGAUAAACGGCAGACUCGUGAGGGAGAUGCCUCCUGUGUGUUCCCUGUCCAGCUUAGUGUUAGUCCCAUCAUGGGAAGAUGCAGCUGUACAGGAUAAAAUGUAAAUAUUAUUUUUGGUGUUUGGUUAAAGAAUAGAUUAUAUUUGAUGAAAAAUAACUAUUAAAAUGUAUAACAUAUGCAUUAUUAUGUGGGAACUCUUGGUAAUAAAGGUUCUCUCUGA